UAAAAAAAAAUUACAAGCAUUACAGUUUCCAAUGAGAAUAUGACACGUGCCAAAUCCACGUAGACGUCGCGAAACUUCGAAACACAAACGCGUGAAUAGAGUCAAAGGACGAUAUAAAAUCUAGCUUAAUCGCUUAUUUUGGUGUUAAUCAAUUAGGUCUCUGGAGAUUUUGUUGUUGACGAAGAAGAAGAACCCAGAAUUUUACUUCAAUGGCAUACGUCGAAGGAGGUGUGGUUAAAGCGAAGCGGCCAAUAUGGAGAUUAAGGACGAUCAAAGAUUUCUUCUUGUCCAUCAUUAAUCUGAUACAAGUCUUCUUUGUAACCAUGUUCUCGAUGGAGAAAUCAGAUGCAUACAGGAAAGGCUCUAAGGCUAACAAGAAGUGGGGUGGCAUGGGGGGUGGGGGCGGUGGCGGUGGUGGUGGUGGUGGUGGUGGUGGUAGCGGUGGUGGACCUCCUCGUGGGGGCCUCGACAAUGUGCGUGGCUUGAAUGAUAUCCGUGGAGCUGACCACAAUUCCCUACCGGCAUGUGGCUCGUGCUGUGGCUAAGCCUUGAUUCGUUUGGAGCGUCCAAGAAUAAACGAAGGGAUAUAUCAUAUAUACAUAUUAUUUAGUGUUGAAACGAUGCUUUGUAAUUUGAGGAAGCAACGAAGGAAGACUCUGGUGUAUUUGUAUUUGGGUCUAAUCAAAGCUUUUUGUAUGUAGACAUAGAAUGUUUGAAGUCUAAAAAUUCACCUCUAGUAGCUCAUUAUUAAUAUUUUACAAGUGAAGCAUUGUUGUCACUGUAAGGUAGAUGUGUCAAUUCGAAUUUGAAACCCGCGGAUAAGGCAUACAUUGUU